UUAGAAGGAGGAGGGAUGGCCGUGCGAGCGACAGCCAAAGCUGAGUGACAGAGAGACAGAGAGACAGAGAAGACGAGCAACAACUGUCACGUUUUAUUUUGAAAGAAUCCGAAUCAACACAUUUUCAUUACUUUUCACAUUUAUUAGACGUUUGUUUGACCGCACCUCUGUGGAAACUGCGGCAUGGACCAAUGCUGUGAGACUGGGAGAUCGCAGUGAGGUAAAAAGGGCAACGCUGUGUGAGAAACCAUCUGUGGCUGGUUUACCCGGAGGCUGCGGUGUCCUGCGAUGCCAGAAGAAGCUCACAAGGACGCCAUGCGAACGCCCGCGGCAUCGGAGAAGGCCAACAACAACAACAACGACCACGAGCGUCCCGCGGCGACCACCGUGAACAUCCCGCUGGUCAAUGAAGUCCAGCUGACGGCGGCCACCGGCGGGGCGGAGCUGUCCUGCUACCGCUGCACCAUCCCGUUUGGCGUGGUGGUGCUCAUCGCGGGCAUCGUGGUCACCGCCGUGGCCUACAGCUUCAACUCGCACGGAUCCACCAUCUCCUACUUUGGCCUGGUGCUCCUCUCGGCCGGGCUGGUGCUCCUGGCGUCCAGUGCCCUCUGCUGGAAGGUGAGACUGGAGAGGAAGAAGGAGAGGCGGCGGGAGAGCCAGACCGCCCUGGUCACGAACCAGAGGAGUAUUUUUACUUGAAUCCUAUUUUUCGCUGAGGCCUGGAAAGAUAUCGGAGCCUGGAGAAGCAGCUGGAACCAGAUGUUCUUCAGCAUGUGUUGCGCUUCCGACCUUUUAAAGUGCUUCGAGCGCCGACUCUCGAGGCCCAGAACUUUAAUCUUUGAAGACAUUGUAAGGGUUUUUUUUUUUUUCUUUUCUUUUUCCUCAAACAGACGUCGAACAUCUGGAGAGCUGGGAACGAGGCCAGAAGGAGUGUAUCCCAAUUAAGAUGAAUUACCACUGUGUGAAGCCAUGUAGAGGAAGUCGCCCAUUAAUCUGCCGUUGGAUGUGGCGGCUUUGAUUUUAAUGGGACGGACUGUGAUUUAAAGGAACCCGGGGAAGAGAAAGGGAGAAACUGUAAACUCCACGACGAUGAUUCAUGCCUCAUUUUUCUACACUUCAACUUGCACAUAAUCUCUCCAUGACAUGUCUUUUGUUCAUCUCACAGGAAGUGACUGUGUCUCACCUGCUGGUGAAAGAUGGUACUCGUGUAGUCUUCUCUUCUGCAUUUAACCGUAAAUACCUUUCUGUAUUCACUUAAAGCACUUUGACCCUUCAUAAUCAUCAUAUUCAGUGUUAAACGACACCUCACUGUGACGUGCAGUGAGUCGCAUUAUGAUGUCACAUGUUGUGAACAUGUGGCGCUUUUUUUGUUGUUUUGUGUAAUUGUUUGCUUGUAUUUUCUGAUAACUGGACGUCAUGAGGUUUAAUAAACUCAUUAACACUCAAACUUGUGAACAUAA